AUGUACUUACACUGGUCACUCACUAGCAUCUACUUACAUUGGCCCAUCAAUAGCAGCUACUUACACUGGCCCGUCAAUAGCAGCUACUUACACUGGCCAAUCAGUAGCAGCUAUUUACACUGGCCCAUCAAUAGCACUUACUUACACUGGCCCAUCAAUAUCAGCUACUUACACUGGCCCAUCAAUAGCAGCUACUUACACUGGCCCAAUACUAGCAAUUACUUCCACUGGCCCAUCAUUAGCAAUUACUUCCACUGGCCCAUCAAUAGUAGCUACAUACACUGGCCCAUCAAUAGCAGCUACUUACACUGGUCUAUCAAUAUCUGCUACUUACACUGGCCCAUCAUUAGCUGCUACUUAUAAUGGGCCAUCAAUAGUGCUACUUAAACUGGCCCAUCAAUAGUAGCUACUUACACUGGCCCGUCAAUAGCAGCUACUUACACUGGCCCAUCUCUAGCAGCUACUUACGUUGGCCCAUCAAUAGCAGCUACUUACACUGGCAAAUCAAUAGCAGCUACUUACACUGCCCCAUCAAAAUCAGCUACUUACUCUGCCGAUCAAUAUCAGCUAAUUACACUGGCCAAUCUAUAGCAGUUUCUUACACUGGCCCACCAAUAGCAGCUACUAACACUGGCCCAUCACUAGCAAUUACUUACACUGGCCCAUCAUUAGCAGCUACUUACACUGGCCCAUCACUAGCAAUUACUUCCACUGGCCCAUCAUUAGCAGCUACUUACACUGGCCCAUCAAUAGCAGCUACUUACACUGCCCAUCAAUAUCAGCUAAUUACACUGGCCAAUCAAUAGCAGCUUCUUUCACUGGCCCAUCACUAGUAUCUACUUACACUGGCCCAUUCUCUAGCAGCUAAUUACAGUGGCCCAUCAGAAGCAGCUACUGACACUGGCCUUUCACUAGCAGCUAUUUACACUGGCCCAUCACUAGUAGCUACUUACACUGGCCCAUUUUCUAACAGCUACUUAUGCUAACCAAUCAAUAGUAGGUACUUACACUGGCCCAUCCCUAGCAGCUAUUUACACUGGCCCAUCACUAGUAGCUACUUACACUGGCUCAUUCUCUAGCAGCUACUUACAGUGGCCCAUCAAUAGCAGCUUCUUACACUGGCCAAUCAAUAGCAGCUACUUACACUGGCCUAUGAAGAGCAGCUACUGACACUGGCCUUUCACUAAAGCUAUUUAUACUGGCCCAUUACUAGUAGCUACUUACACUGGCACGUUCUCUAGCCGCUACGUACGCUGGCCCAUCAACAGCAGGUACUUACACUGGCCCUUCAAUGUCAGCUACUUAUACUGGCCCGUCAAUAUCAGCCACUGACACUGGUCCAUUACUAGCAACUACUUACACUUGCCCAUCAGUAGCAGCUACUUACUCUGGCCCAUCAAUAUCAGCUACUUACACUGGCAAAUCAAUAGCAGCUACUUACACUGCCCCAUCAAAAUUUGCUACUUACACUGCCCAUCAAUAUCAGCUAAUUACACUGGCCUAUCUAUAGCAGCUUCUUACACUGUCCCAUCAAUAGCAGCUACUAACACUGGCCCAUCACUAGCAGCUACUUACACUGGCCAAUAACUAGCAGCAAUCUACACUGGCCCAUCACUAUCACAUACUUACACUGGCCAAUCACUAGUAGCUACUUACACUGGACCGUCACUAGGAACGAAGAACGGUGGCCAAUCAAUAGCAGCUACUUACACUGCCCAUCAAUAUCAGCUAAUUACACUAGCCAAUCAAUAGCAGCUUCUUACACUGGCCAUCACCAACAGCUACUUAUACUGGCCCAUCAAUAGCAGCUACUUACAACUGGCCAUCACAAGAAGCAACUUACUCUGGCCCAUCAAAAUCAGCUACUUACACUGCCCAUCAAUAUCAGCUAAUUACAACUAGCCAAUCAAUAGCAGCUUCUUACACUGUCCCAUCUAUAGCAGCUACUAACACUGGCCCAUCACUAGUUGCUGUUAAUACUGGCCUAUCACUAGAAGCAACUUACACUGGCCCAUCACUAGUAGCUACUUACACUGGCUCAUUCUCUAGCAGCUACUUACAGUGGCCCAUCAAUAGCAGCUUCUUACACUGGCCAAUCAAUAGCAGCUACUUACACUGGCCUAUGAAGAGCAGCUACUGACACUGGCCUUUCACUAAAGCUAUUUAUACUGGCCCAUUACUAGUAGCUACUUACACUGGCACGUUCUCUAGCCGCUACGUACGCUGGCCCAUCAACAGCAGGUACUUACACUGGCCCAUCAAUAGCAGCUACUUAUACUGGCCCAUCAAUAUCAGCCACUCACACUGGUCCAUUACUAGCAACUACUUACACUUGCCCAUCAGUAGCAGCUACUUACUCUGGCCCAUCAAUAUCAUGUACUUACACUGGUCACUCACUAGCAUCUACUUACAUUGGCCCAUCAAUAGCAGCUACUUACACUGGCCCGUCAAUAGCAGCUACUUACACUGGCCAAUCAGUAGCAGCUAUUUACACUGGCCCAUCAAUAGCACUUACUAUACACUGGCCCAUCAAUAGCAGCUACUUACACUGGCCCAAUACUAGCAAUUACUUCCACUGGCCCAUCAUUAGCAAUUACUUCCACUGGCCCAUCAAUAGUAGCUACAUACACUGGCCCAUCAAUAGCAGCUACUUACACUGGUCUAUCAAUAUCUGCUACUUACACUGGCCCAUCAUUAGCUGCUACUUAUAUGGGCCCAUCAAUAGUAGCUACUGAAAACUGGCCCAUCAAUAGUAGCUACUUACCAAUGGCCCGUCAAUUAGCAGAUAACUUACCACUGCCCAUCAUAGCAGCUACUUACGUUGGCCCAUCAAUAGCAGCUACUUACACAGCAAAUCAAUAGCAGCUACUUACAAUGCCCCAUCAAAAAUCAGCUAACUACUCUGCCGAUCAAAUCAGCUAAUUACAAUGCCAAUCUAUAGCAGUUUCUUACACUGGCCCACCAAUAGCAAGCUAAUAAACACUGGCCCAUCAAUAGCAAUUCCUUACAUGGCCCAUCAUUAGGAAGCUACUUACACUGGCCAGUCACUAGCAAUUACUUCCACGGGCCCAUCAUUAGCAAGCACCUACCACGGCCCACAAUAGCAGCUACGUUACACUGCCCAUCAAUAUCAGCUAUUACACUGGCCAAGCAAUAGCAGCUUCUUUCAUGGCCACUCAAUAGCAGCUUCUUUCAAUGGCACAUAAUUAGCUUGCUACUUAUAAUGGCCAUCAUAAUUUGCUCUUUACACUGGCCCAUCAUAGUAGCUACAUACACUGGCCUAUCAAUAGCAGCUACUUACACUGGUCUAUCAAUAUCUUCUACUUACACUGGCCCAUCCUUAUCUGCUACUUAUAAGGGCCAUCAAUAGUAUCUACUUACACUGGCCCAUCAAUAGUAGCUACUUACACUGGCCCAUCAAUAGCAGCUACUUACGUUGGCCAAUCUAUAGCAGUUUCUUACACUGGCCGAUCAAUAGCAGCUACUAACACUGGCCCAUCACUAGCAAUUACUUACAUUGGCCCAUCAUUAGCAGCUACUUACACUGGCCCAUCACUAGCAAUUACUUCCACAUGGCCCAUCAUUAGCAGCUACUUACACUGGCCCAACAAUAGCAGCUACUUACACAGGUCUAUCAAUAUCUGUUACAUACACUGGCCAAUCAUUACUGCUACUUAUAAUGGGCCAUCAAUAGUAGCUACUAAAACUGGCCCAUCAAUAGUAGCUACAUACACUGGCCCAUCAAUGGCAGCUACUAACACUGGCCCAUCACUAGCAAUUACUUACACUGGCCCAUCAUUAGCAGCUACUUACACUGGCCCAUUACUAGUAGCUACUUACACUGCCACGUUCUCUAGCCGCUAUGUACGCUGGCCCAUCAACAGCAGGUACUUACAUGGCCCUUCAAUAGCAGCUACUUACACUUGCCCAUCACUAGCAGCUAUUUACACUGGCCCAUCACUGUUAGCAACUUACACUGGCCCAUUCUCUAGCAGCUACUUACACUGGCCCACCAAUAGCAGCUUCUUACACUGGCCAUCACCAAAAGCUACUUAUACUGGCCCAUCAAUAGCAGCUACUUACACUGGCCCAUCACAAGAAGCAACUUACUCUGGCCAAUCAUUAGCAGCUACUUACACUGGCCCAUCAAAAUCAGCUACUUACAACUGCCCAUCAAUAUCAGCUAAUUACACUAGCCAAUCAAUAGCAGCUACCUAA